CACAAGCAACGGCUGAUUUCCUCUGCUGCUCACAGACAGAUCAUCCUUGCUCAUACAGAAAACGCAUCUGUGACCAGGACAAAAAAAGAAGAAGGAUACUGCAGCCAUAUCUCAGGAGGAGCCUUCCAUUUAUUAGUUCACCUGAAUAGCAGAGGUCUCUUUUUUUAGGUUAAAUACGUGUGUUUAGUGGCCUAGAAAGCUAAAGGGCCAUACAAUCACAUCUAAAAUGGGUAACAGCAAGAGCGGCAUUGUGUCCAAGGAGAUUCUGGAGGACCUGAAACUCAACACCAAGUUCACAGAGACUGAAAUCGGCCAGUGGUAUGAGAACUUCAAGAAGCAGUGUCCAACAGGGCGCAUCUCAAAAGAGGAGUUUGAGCAUAUCUACGGAAAGUUCUUCCCAGAAAGUGACGCCCAAACAUACGCACAGCAUGUCUUCCGCUCCUUCGACACAAAUGAUGAUGGCACACUGGACUUCAAGGAGUACAUCAUCGCUCUCCACAUGACAUCAACAGGGAAGACCACAAGGAAGUUGGAGUGGGCCUUCUCCCUGUUUGACGUGGACAAGAAUGGAUACAUCACCAAGUCAGAGGUUAAAGAAAUCUGUGCGGCUAUUUUCAAGCUGAUUCCUAAAGAUGAGCUGUCUUCUCUACCUUCGGAUGAAAACACAGCUGAAAAGAGGGCAGACAAACUCUGGACGUUCUUUGACAAGGGUGACACUGAUCGAGUAGCAGAAGGCGAGUUUAUCCAGGGAGUGAUGGAGAAUGAAGACGCUCUUCGUUUGAUUCAGUAUACACCUCUGAAGUAA